CGGCGAUAGGCUGCGGCCAUGCCGGGCGCCGCGCUGCUGCUGCUGGGCGCCGCGCUGCUGCUGGCGGGCGGCGGGCGGUGCCUGGGCCGCCGCCUCCUGCUGCUGCUGCUGCCGCGGCGGGCCCGCCGCGCCCUGCCCGCUGAAGGGAAGGCGGUGCUCGUAACAGGUUGCGACAAAGGUUUUGGACAUGCUUUGGCAAAACAGCUUCAUGCGAAGGGAUUUACUGUUUUUGCUGGAUGCUUGCUCAUGGAUAAGAAUGGAGAUGGAGCCAGGGAGCUGAAGAACAUGAAGUCAGAUCGCAUGAAAGUGCUACAGAUGGAUGUGUGCAGUGACCAGGAGGUGGCUCAGGCUGUGGAUUUUGUGAAGAGGACCCUGAAGGAGCCAGAGGAAGGUCUGUGGGGUCUGGUGAACAACGCUGGUGUCUCGACCUUUGGAGAGGUGGAAUUUGCAAGUUUAGACAACUACAAGAAGGUGGCAGAGAUCAACCUGUGGGGCACUGUGAGAGUGACAAAGGCCUUCCUGCCCCUCAUUCGUAGAGCUAAAGGCCGUGUGGUGAAUAUCACAAGCAUGUUGGGACGGAUGGCGAGUCCAUCCCGCUCCUGCUAUUGCGUUUCCAAGUUUGGGGUGGCAGCCUUCUCGGACUGCCUCCGGCAGGAGAUGUACCGCUGGGGUGUCAGAGUCAUCCUCAUUGAGCCCAGUAACUUCGUGGCAGCUACAGGCAUCCUGACGGCAGACAGCAUCGAUAAACAGGCUGAGGCACUGUGGAGCGGAGCCAGCCACACUGUGCAGGAGGACUACGGGUGGGAGUAUUUCACUCAUCACGUGGCCCUGAUGAAGUCCUUCGUUAACAGUGGCCUGAAGGACAUGUCUCUGGUCUUGAAUGACAUCACCGAUGCACUUACUUCUCCGUGCCCAAACAACUGUUACAAUCCCAUGGAGACCUACUGGUGGGUGAGGCUGCAAGUCAUGACUCACCUGCCCACCGCCAUUGCUGACUGGCUUUACAUCCCCGGAGCCACCCUGUAAAUGGCUGUCCUUCAGCAUCCUUCCAGUGCUCGUAGGUGUGCACAGGUUAGAGCUGGCUUAGGGCUGUUCUGCACCCGUUGCUGAUGCAUCUCCCCUGUAGAUGCAUGUGCUUUCACUUCAGGUUAUGGCUUCAAGUCUAGUGUUGUGGGAUGCUGAGAACAGCAUGGCUUUUUUUUUUUUUUUUCCCCUAAUUCUUGCUCUUUGUAUUCCCUGCUGUCCUGAUUAAAGAGGAAAGGUGUUUUCCUUUUAAUUGUGAAGGAGGCAGAGGAAGGUUAACAUAAUGGGUCAAAUAUGUGGCUAGUGUAAUUAGGUCAGCAGAGUUCUCCCAGUGAUAAAUGUGGUUCAUUAAUGGGCUCCUGCUUUUCCUUACAAGGACAGGCUGCUAAUAGCAGAGCAAAGUUGUUUCUAUGAGGUGUCUCGAAGGGAUAAACCGAAGUGGGAGACAAAAGCAGAGUUUUCCAAUUGAUUGAAAAUGGGUCAGUCACAGCCUUCCGUUGUUUCCAUGAUACUGCUAGGAAGCUGUGCUGCACUGUGACUGCUCCCUCCAGGAAAACAGCAACAGUGCCUCUAAACAGCCUCAUUACCUAGCUGGGGGUGUCAGAUCACUGCAAAGACAGGUUCUUCCCUCCCAGCACUGUGGCCAAGAGGUGCCAGAGCCAGUAAGUGUAGACAGGCUGGGCAGGGAAAAGCCCUCCUAAUAACGAGUGAGGUAUGAGCUUUCCCUCUGUCAGUCCCUGUGAAUGCUAGGACUUGCAGCCUCUCUCCACCCACUGUUGAUAAACUUUGUGGAACAGGGUUAAAUCUGAUGUAGCAAACAAAUUUGGCUGCUCAAACUGCUACCUUAGGUACCGGGUGCCUGAACUACUCAGCUGUGGUACCGACACUGUUCAGCCACCCCCUGCUUCCCUCAGGUCACUGCCCCAUGCUAGGCUUCCUCUUGCUGGAGAGGGAGCUGCUCUUGCUUUCCCACAUCAGUUUCUUGGUUUCAUCCUCUCUGCACUUGAACAGUGACAGGACUCUAUGUAGCCAGUGUGGCCUGACUGAGCUCUGGAAGGGUGCUUUAAGUGACACGUUUCUUUUUUUUUUUUUUUUUUUUCCUAAUAUUUUGCAAUGAAAUUUCCAUGUUGUACGUGAUUUUCUCCUCAGAGAACCUCCUGAUAACUGGUAUGAGCUACUUUUGCGCAGUACCCCCAAGGGUAUCUCCUAUUGGCCAGAUACAGGAUUUCAAUUAUUUUUCCAAGUGCUGGGGCUGCCUGGCUUCAUGCCCUGUUCCCUCUGUCCCAGUGGUGACCGCUGGUGGAACAGCCUGGGUGCUGCUGGCCUGGCUGGGACCUUACCCUCUUACUCUAGGGACCAGCUUGGUUCUGUUUUGUCCUGUGUGAAAUUAAGUGGCUAUGAAAAGAACUUACCGUUUGCUCUUUCCUCAUCUGUCUCUGCUAGCUCUGACUUGGAAACUGUGCCAUAGACUUUUUAUAUACUGCUGGCUGUAAAUGCUUGGAGUCUGCAUGCAGCUGUGAAUGCUGUGAUGCCUGAGGAGGAAAGCAGGCUUCCCUUGGAGGUGCUGUGGAGGUAGCUUGUAUUACAAGUAAUAACUCGGGGAAAUGCUGGCUGUGCAGUUCUUUAUCUAUUCCAGAUCGUUGGCACGUGGAGAUUGCCUGGGAUCCAGGACCCAGAACGAUCCCGCUGAACAGCAGCUUAAGCAGUGUUGUAAUCACUUCUGCUCCCUGCACUGUGAAAUGUGAGUAAUGUUAAAUAGCUCUGAUUUGCACAGAGAGUAAAAUAAACAGAUUUGUAAAGCACA